AUGGAGAGGCCAUUAGGGGAUGUAUCGGACGAUCAAAUGGUCUCAAUGCUGGUUGCAAAGGCAGAUCUACACUUGGGUGACAGGGACGAAUUUUCAUACUACGUCACUAUCGAAAAAUCAUGCCAAAAUCAUUACGAAUAUUCAUGCGGUGGUGUACUUAUUGAAGAAAAUUUUGUGUUGUCACGGGCCCACUGCGUCAGUUUUGAUUUGGCUAUGUUGACAGUUAUUGCCGGUGGAAUUGAAUCCAAUGAUGAGAACACACAAAAAAGUAAUGUUACUAAAAUUUUUUUCCAUAGUGACUACGAUAACAGAACUCAGCAGAAUGACAUAGUUGUUUUACAAUUGGAGGUAAAAAUCGAUGUCAACCGAUUCGUAAGUGUCAUCAAUCUGCCAGAUGAAAACGCACUUAUUGACAGUGACAAAAUUACUAAGCUGGUCGGUCGUCGAUAUUUUGAUGAAACUAACCGCAUUGGAAUAGGUUUUCUGGAAGUCAAAUUUGCGAGAGGGCGUUGUACUACUUCAAAACUGAAGAAAAAUUUGUGCAUUACAAGUACAGGAAACGAGGAUCUUCUCAUGUAUGCAACUGAUAUUUUAAUACAAAACGAUGGCAACGACACUUUUUUGAUUGGAUUUGCAUCUGUAGAGAAUGAUAUUUUUACUCGGAUUUCAUUGUACGUCAAGUGGAUUCGAGAUGAAAUUUUAAAAGCCAAAAAACAAUACAAUUAUGAGCAACAGUAUAAAGGUGAUGUAGUCACAGAAGUUGGAAGUCAAUGUAAUGGCACACAAAAUGUGAGCAGUACAGCCUCAAAAAAUGGGAAAUUUUCUGAAACUACCCACUAUAAUGUUAGUACAGUCACAGAAGGCAGAGAUUCUAUAUCAUGUGACAGAACAGAGGACAAGUCGUUCCUUCAGCUUGAGGUGUGA